UACAACCCUAGCUAGCUCAUUAAACGAAACAUUACGGCGCUCUCAAUCUCGCUUCUCUCUCUCCUUCGUCUCCUCCGACAACGCCGUUCUUCCCUCUCGGCUUCUCCUCUCUCCGCCGGUUACGAUUUCGCUAGCUCCGCGAUCGGGUCUUGUGUUGAAGCAUUCGAUUGACGUUGGUGCGGGGGUGAUUGACACCGAUCGGGUCUUAUGUUCAACCAGUCUCAGAUCUCAGAUCUUGGAUCUUGGAUCUUCCUUCCUUGCAUCUGCCAUCGACACUGCUUGCAAAGCCGGCGAGCAUUGAGGAAGCACAAGCUUCUCAUGUUUAUAGCUACAAGCAUUGUUUUAAAGGAUUUGCAGCCAAGCUCACUGAUGAACAAGCUUAUCAUAUUUCAAGUUUAUUUGUUUAUCAGCUUAAUGAGUUUGAAAACAAUUUAUUGGAAGAUUCAUCUAAGAGGAAUUCCAUUUUUUUAUUCCCCAAAUUCUACUUUGCACCUUUAUGGAGGAGCUGCUUUUGAAAGAGUCAUAUAUGAAUUUCGAUGUGCUGCCUAUUCCAUUGAAUGCCCUCCAGUGUCAAGGGAGAAGGUUGCGAAUAUAUUACUUGCCCAUGCUGGCCGAGGCGGUGCAAGAGGAAUAACAGAAGCUGCAGCAAAAAUUGCUCGUUUUGCUGCUAGAUCAUGGCUUGCUCCUCUUUUUGAUACUGUUUGUGACAGACUUGGUUUUGUUUUAGGAAACUUAUUUGAUUUGGCUCUAGAAAGAAACCGCAGUAAUGACUCAGAGUAUGGGAGUAAAACAGCUAACAUGGACGACUGUGUUGGUUUUCAUGCUGCAUUAAGGUGUGCAUACAGCCGCUUCAUAAAGGAUCUUUCAAAACAAUGCAAACAACUAAUUAGGCACCACCUUGAUUCAGUUACCAGUCCAUUUCUCCAACUAGAUGUUCUAUUAGUAUUUUUAGAUGUAUAGAUGUUAUAUAUGAAUUAGUUUGAAAGGAUUGAAAAUAGAAAUUGAAUUCUAUGAUACCCUUAGCUAGUUAUUGGCAAGCUGGUUCCUUGAAAUUAUUAGAAGCAGUUUAUAUUAUAUAUGAUGAAGAAAAGAAGGUUGAUGUCCACUUUAUAUAUGUUGCAUUAUCUACUUAUGUUGCUGUCCAACAUACAACAUGAAUUUUAUUUAUUUUAUUCUUUAGCGCUCAUUUAC